AUGAGCGCCAUCAUGAGAUGGUGUUGCAAUGUAUUUUUCGUAGUCGCCAUUCUCCUUGGAGGCCUCUUGGCGUUUCAUUUUGGCGUCUCUUGUGUGAAGGAUGAGUGCAACCUGAAGUUUGCCCUCCAAAUCUUUCUGCACCGCCAUAUGCCGGUUGUGCAUCACUAUAGAACACGGAGCCUCGGCGAGUUUAUGCGGCUCUACACCGGAGAUGGGUACAAGAGUCGAUUUGAUACAGACUUCCUGGAAGUCAAACAAACAUCGGCGAAUCAGUCUGUUGCAGACCGCGCCUAUCAGAACUUCAUGCGCCGAGACACCCCAAACGGGACACAAGACGCCAGUUCCGCUCGGUUCCGACCGUUCUUGGAUGGCAUGUCCAAAAUGAGCAUGGCAGAAAGGCUGCGGCGCUAUCAUCCGAAGGAGCACUGCGUCUGGAACUAUCAUGUAGGGAACACCCGCAAAGAGGCCCCAGCCUUUUCCCCUGAAGGCCAGGGAGUGCGUGAGUGCCGAAGCUACUUCCUCACAGCGCAGCUCCGCUUGGUUUUCAUGGAGCAUUUGAUUUUGGAGGCAUACAUCAAUGCUUCCACUGUUCUAGGAGUGGACCAUUUUGUGAUGUAUGCUGAUGAUCGUGUACUUGCGAUAAACACGACUUUUGCCCCAUAUUCAGAUGCUGGUGUGCUCGAGAUCCACCCACUUUAUGCGCCUCACGCACCUUACUUCAGGGUUCCGAACAUAUCCACCUUUUGGCUUGCAUUGAUCGACGCAGAUGAGUACCUCGUCCCUCCCAGCAGCUUCCUUUCGAUGAGGGACUAUUUGAUGCCUCUCACGGUUUGGCCGAGGGAUGGGAGUCGGAGCGUGAAGCAGAUCCAUUGCAUGUACAAGCAGUUCGGGUCUUCCGGAUUGGAAGACAAGCUGCCCAAUGUGUCUGACCUCACGGCAUUUACGCAACGGGACACGCACCUGGCCAUGAAUGGCAAGAGUGUCGCGCUCUAUGACGCGAUCGAUCUUGAGCAUUCCAACACUAUGCCCCACGAGCUAAGGUUGAAAGACGACUUCAGCCAAGACACUACAUCCUUGCUUCUAAAUUUGGGCGCCGUCGUGGCCUUUCAAGAUGCAGGUGGCCGGCUUCAGAUUCGGUUCAAGCAUCUGGCAGCAGGGCAAGAAGCGGUGCUGGGACUUUGUUUUGUCCAGAUCAUUGUCUCGCUAGCCCUGUAUUUCAUCCUGCGUCGUUUCUGCAGAUGCUGCGCAAGGAGCAGUAGAGAAAGCAGUUAG